AUGGCUCGCCCCAUGGGGUCGGUGCGCCUGAAGAAGGCCAAUCCGUUGACACUCCUGCUGGGCGCGGCCCUGUGCAUCUUCAUCUUCUUCUUCCUGGCGUCGCCCUCGUCCUCGACGCCCACAAUAGGCCAACUGACUCGCGAGACGGCCGAGCACCACCUCUCGCCACCGACAUCGCCGUACAGGAAACCGAGCGCCCGAUCGGGCAUCGAGGUCGGCCCCCCGCCGGUCAAGCACUACCGGCUCAACGACGUGACCAUUACGGCGAACCCCAUUGGAAAUCAGGAGAGCGUGCUGAUUCUGACGCCCAUGGCCCGCUUCUACUACGAGUACUGGGACAACCUGUUGAAGCUGUCGUACCCGCACGGCCUCAUCACGCUGGGCUUCAUCCUCCCCAAGACCAAGGAGGGCAACGCCGCCACCGCGGCCCUGCAGCAGGAGAUACACCGGACGCAGAAGCUGGGGCCGGAGAAGCAGCGCUUCAAGAGCAUCAUCAUCCUCCGCCAGGACAUUGACCCGCCCCUGUCGUCUCAGGACGAGGGCGAGCGCCACAAGCUCUCCAACCAAAAGGCCCGCCGCGAGGUCAUGGCCAAGGCCCGCAACUCGCUCCUCUUCACCACCCUCGGGCCCUCGACCUCGUGGGUCCUCUGGCUGGACUCGGACGUCGUCGAGACACCCGCCACCCUCAUUCAGGACCUCGCCUCCCACGACAAGCCCAUCAUCGUCCCCAACUGCUUCCAGCGGUACCGCAACCCCGACACCGGCAAGAUGGACGAGCGCGCCUACGACUUCAACAGCUGGCAGGACAGCGACAUCGCCCAGGAAAUGGCCGCCGAGAUGGGCCCCGACGACAUCAUCGUCGAGGGCUACGCCGAGAUGGCCACCUACCGAGCCCUCAUGGCCUACAUGGUCACCGACGCUAAGGACGCCGACAUGGUCGUGCCCCUGGACGGCGUGGGCGGUACCGCCCUCCUCGUCAAGGCCGACGUCCACCGUGACGGAGCCAUGUUCCCUGCUUUCCCCUUUUACCACCUCAUCGAGACGGAAGGUUUCGCCAAGAUGGCCAAGCGUCUGGGUUGGCAACCAUAUGGUCUUCCCAAUUACAAGGUCUACCACUACAACGAAUGA